AUGAAGCUGAACAGUCCUUUACCACAACCACUUCCGAAGGAAUGCGAGAAGGCCGCGAAGAUAUUUAAAUCCUUUGUCGAUAGCGGCAAUAACGGGCUGGAUGGAGUUAUACCUCGACACAUCCUCGAGAAUGCGAAGGGCUUUGCGAUAUUCACGAUAUUCAAAGCGGGGUUCCUGUUCUCUGCGCGAGCAGGGAGUGGGAUAGUGAUUGCAAAGCUAGAUGAUGGAACGUGGUCGGCACCAAGUGCCAUCGGUACUGCGGGUGUAGGUGUAGGGGGUCAAGCAGGGGCAGAAGUCACCGACUUUCUGGUGGUGUUGAAUUCACGUUCGGCUUCGUUCAUGGCCGCUGGCUCGCUAACAUUAGGUGGCAAUAUGAGCAUAGCACUGGGGCCCCUAGGCCGCAACGGUGAAGCCUCAGGAUCCCUAAACACAAAGGGGAAAGUCGCCGCCAUGUACAGCUACUCCAAAACCCGAGGCCUGUUUGGGGGCGUCUCGGUCGAAGGGUCCGUCAUCGUCGAGCGGCAGGACGCGAACGCCCAGGCGUACGGGUCGUCCGUCACGGCGAAGCAGCUUCUGUCGGGGUCCGUCGACCCCCCGCACUGGGCGAACAACCUGGUAAAGACGCUGGAAUCGUGCACGGGGCUGCCUGGGAACAGAAAGUGGGUCGAGGAGGGCAACACGCCGCGCGGCGACAGUGGCUACGCAUUCGGCUCGAUGGGCAGUCCUUCUAUCGGUUCGAGGAGCCCAUCCAUCUUGUCGAAAAAGAAACCCACGAAGCCGGCGUUCCCGCCUGCCGCAUGGGGCUCAUCGAAAGACGAGGGGUCCUAUUUCUCGUCUGAAUUCGAACAUACUUCGCCGACCUCUCAGCAGCGGAAAGCAACAGACCCCUUCGCAGAGUCGCCAGUGACGAACCCUACCGCACGCUUCGAAACGCGCUUCGACUCGGAUUACACAGUCGAGUCGCCGCCAAUGAAACACCCAAGACUCUCAUUCUCCUCUAGUAACGCUUACGACUUCGGACAGGGUAUGCCUACCCCUAACCUCGGCCACAAUCGAUCAACUAGCGUCAAGAACCCCAUCUCCUCUCCGUCUUUUAGCCCGACAUCCAAAUCCCACUCGAGGAGCUUCUCCCAUGUCCCCCCUUCCUCGGGUCCUUUCUUCCCCUCCAGCGACUCGGGCGACGAUUACGGCGAGAAUGAACAAGACAUUUUCAGCACUACGUCCCCGAAGCCGUACAUUCAACCAAAGCCAGAGCUGAUGAGGCCUUUGCUACCAGGGGAAGGCGUAGCGAGGGCCAUUGCACUGUAUGAUUUCAACGCGGUGGAGGCAGGGGAUUUGUCAUUUGCUAAAGGAGAUAUUAUAACGGUGAUCAAAAAGAGCGAUAGCAGCGAUGAUUGGUGGACGGGGAAGGCUGGCGGGAAACAGGGCAUAUUCCCUGCCAAUUUCGUCGAACUCGCCUGA